AUGAAGUACCCCAACGUUGCUCUUGUGCUUCAACUUAUUAUUAGUAUCAACUACGCUUCUCUCUGUGAGGCUUUUUCCCUUUUUGGAGAUGGUACUUCCUUUGCUAAUUUCGGUAGGCUACCAAAGACCCCACAGAAUACACAGCAAACACUUAAGGAGAACCGCUUGAAUUUGGACGAUCCACUAAUUACAACUUUCAUUUCGCCUAUGGAUACGGAUUAUAGUUUGAGACUUAGAACUGUAGAUCCGUCCAAACUAGGAAUAGAUGCUGUAAAACAAUGGUCUGGCUACAUGGACUACAAGGACUCCAAACAUUUUUUUUACUGGUUUUUCGAAAGCAGGAAUGAUCCUGCCAACGAUCCAAUUAUUCUAUGGUUGAAUGGUGGACCAGGUUGCUCUUCGUUCACUGGGUUAUUAUUUGAGCUUGGGCCUUCAUCAAUUGGCGCUGACAUGAAACCAAUCCAUAAUCCAUAUUCUUGGAACAAUAACGCUUCAAUGAUAUUUUUAGAGCAGCCACUGGGAGUCGGAUUUUCCUAUGGUGACGAAAAAGUCUCUUCCACUAAAUUAGCAGGCAAAGAUGCGUACAUAUUCUUGGAACUUUUUUUUGAAGCUUUCCCUCAUUUGCGUUCUAAUGAUUUCCAUAUUGCAGGUGAAUCUUAUGCAGGUCAUUACAUCCCUCAGAUCGCACAUGAAAUCGUCAUCAAGAACCCGGAGAGAACAUUCAAUUUAACAUCUAUUAUGAUCGGCAAUGGUAUAACUGAUCCUUUAGUUCAAGCAGAUUAUUAUGAACCAAUGGCAUGUGGUAAAGGAGGCUAUCACCCUGUCCUUUCAUCAGAAGAAUGUGAGAAGAUGCAAAAUGCUGCUGGUCGCUGCCGUAGGUUAAACAAGCUUUGCUAUGCAUCUAAAUCAAGUUUACCAUGCAUACUGGCCACUACUUAUUGUGACUCUGCACUUUUGGAGCCAUACACUAAGACAGGACUGAAUGUCUACGAUAUCAGAGGACCCUGUGAAGACAACAGUACUGAUGGUAUGUGUUAUACUGGCCUUCGUUAUGUUGAUCAAUAUAUGAAUUUCCCCGAAGUUCAAGAGACUUUAGGCUCCGACGUACAUAAUUAUUCCGGUUGUGACAAUGAUGUUUUCACCGGAUUUUUAUUUACUGGUGAUGGAAGCAAACCAUUUCAACAAUACAUUGCGGAACUAUUAAAUCACAAUAUUCCGGUGUUAAUAUAUGCCGGUGACAAAGACUAUAUUUGCAAUUGGUUGGGAAACCAUGCUUGGACCAAUGAGUUAGAAUGGAUAAAUAAAUUUAGAUAUCAGAGAAGAAUGUUAAGGCCAUGGGUUAGCAGGGAAACUGGCGAAGAGUUGGGACAAGUCAAGAACUAUGGUCCUUUCACCUUCCUAAGAAUAUAUGAUGCUGGUCAUAUGGUACCCUAUGAUCAACCAGAGGCAAGCUUGCAGAUGGUAAACAAUUGGAUUUCUGGUAAUCAUGGAUUUUUUUAG